GAUGAAAAUCUCGCAUGGCGCAUCUUCAUUUCCAAAGCUAGACAUUCGAGAGGCACUUGUACUUCGGUCGACACCAGAGUAUCUGCACCGGACAUCAAAGCAAAACACAAACAGACAAAGCAGUACUUUGCGAAGCGCAAUCCGAAGCACUUCAGGUCGAGGUGUGCAUAUUUCCUGCUCAGCACCUCCAACGAGCUUUCAACACCGAUUCGAAGGGGUCCCAUUCAUAGGGUCGAGGUCAAUACCAAUUACAGGACUGGUAUCUGCAUCGAGGACAAUGUCUACAUCGAUACCCCUGUCAGAGGAACCCAGGCGACCACCAAAACGGUUCGCACCGCUCGACCCAACCGUCCAGCAUGGCAAGGACCUACCCAAGCUGAAGGGCGUUAUAUUCGAUGUAGACGGAACACUAUGCCUCCCGCAGAACUACAUGUUCCGCGAAAUGCGCUCAGCUCUGGGCAUCCCCAAAUCCGUCGACAUCAUCGACCACAUCCGCUCUCUGUCCAAUGAACCCGAUACUACCACUCCUAGUUCCACUCCUGAGGAACAGUCCACACCAGCGCCGGAGCCACGGUCACCCACGGACCCAAGUCAGCCACCAUCCGAGGAGAUGCUCUCGCCCACCAGCAAUGACGAUCCCGAUCCGUCACUUACUUCACCCCAGGCGCGCGCCGUUGCCACGAUCAAAGCUAUCGAGCGCCGCGCCAUGUCGUCCCAGCGACCCCAACCCGGACUGCAGGAAUUAAUGGCUUACCUUACCCGCCGCGGCGUCCGAAAGGCGCUGUGCACGCGUAAUUUUCCCGCGCCAGUUCAUAACUUGCUUAGCAACCACCUACCGGAGGAGGAGUUUCAUCCUAUUGUCACGAGGGAGACCGAGGGCAUCCUGCCAAAGCCUAGUCCCGAGGGGUUAUGGACGAUAGCGCAGGAAUGGGGAUUGGAUAGGGAGGCAGGUGAAGAGAGUUUGGCCUCGAUUGCGAUUGGUAAACAAGGUGAGGUCGAUCCGCUGGAGGUGACGAAGCAGGUUCUAGGUUCGGGAUUGAUCAUGGUCGGGGACAGUCUGGAUGAUAUGGCGGCGGGCUAUCGGGCUGGUGCAGCGACGGUGCUGUUGGUUAACGAGGAGAAUGAGGCGUUGAGUAAGCAUGAGUAUACGGGGUUGAGUGUGCGGAGGCUGGAUGAGUUGAUUGAUAUUCUAGAAAGAGGGUUUGAGGAGACGAGAUGAGUAUCAAUUGCAUGUGGUAGCUACCAAGGUAGUACGACUUGCCUUUUUCCUAUGCUGUUCGAGGAGAGCUUGAGAUGGUUUCUAGUUUAUGCAGCAGCGUGCGAGCGAUC